AUGAAUCUCAGAAUAAGUAAGAAUAAACUGAAGAGAAACAACGUUAAACUUCAGGAAAAAAAAAAAUUAAAUCUCGAUUCUGGAAUAUUUCGUUACAUUAAUAACAAACUUUACACACUGUCCAGCAAAGACUUUCUCGUCGAACUUGAAAAUAACAAAAAAAUUGAAUACAGCAAAUGUUAUCACAAAAAUUACCAGAAACAAGUUGCCAGCUGGCCUAAACACCCAGUGGACGAAAUCUGCGCUUUUUUGAAAACUCAGUCCAAACCUUUAACUGUGUUUGAUCUUGGUUGUGGCACGUGCGAUAUGUACAAAAAUUUAAAAAACAUUCAUAAAGUUAUUUCAAUCGACUUCGGAGACUUCGAAGAUUUGCUAAUAGACGUUCCAAUUCACAAAAGCGUUGAAGACGUUAUAACUGAAGGCGGCUUUAUCAGACGAAACAUCACAGACUUAUCUGAAUUCGAAGAAGAAAGCGCUGAUGUCGUUAUUUUUAGUCUGAGUUUGAUGUGCAAGGACUGGCCAGAUUAUAUCUCUUCUGCCCAUCGUCUUUUGAAGAAGGACGGCUAUUUAAUUAUAGCAGAACCGGUUUCUAGAUUGGAAAAAAAGGCCAAUUUUACAAAAGCCAUAACAGUUAACGGCUAUAAAUUAAUCAAUGAAACUCAACAAAAUGCGUUUUUUAAAGUUGAAAUAUUAGCGUGA